AGGUGCACGACAUCCACACCGCCGGUACCGGUGCGGGUGCGUGUCCACAAAACCACACCCAUUGGACCUCCUCCUCCUCGGCUCCACUCUUCCGCUUCUCCCCCCCCUCCUCGCCUCUUCUAGUGCUCUCUACCGCUCUCCAUCCCCACCUCGGUCUCGUCCGGCGCCCCCUUCUCCCUCCCCCACCUCGCGGUUCGCCCCGCCGGCGGCGACGCGGUCCUGGUGCUGGUGCUGGUGCUGGAUCGGUUUCUUAUCUUGCCGGAUUUAUGUGCCAAGCCGCGUACUCUUCUGUUUUAUUCUUCGGAUCAAACUUGUUGAGCUGAUUCCAGCAAGGAGGAAUCUGCAAAGCAGCUUGGUGUUAAGCUUGCAUCUUCCCUAAACAGCUCCAGAUUAAAUGGGAGAAGCAAGCUCAGAUGAUCUUUGCCAUUGUCAAGGGUGUCUUGGCAAGUACACCCUACUCAGAGAUGAAGAGAACCCACAGCUGGCAAAGUUUGAGAGACGCCUUCCUUGCUUUGGUUGCGGAAUAGGGUGGUCCUCAUUUCUUUUAGGUUUCUUGUGUCCAUUGCUUUGGUACUAUGCAACGACUCUUUACUGCUGCAAGUACUACAAUAGGGAUCCCCGAGAGCGCCCAGGUCUUGCUGCCUCUGCUAUUGCGGCGGCCAUCUUCACUACCGCGGCAACUAUUACCCUCUCCAUCAUUCUGAUAAUCUGGGCACAAAAGUGAUUUCUAAGGCAGGGAGAACAGGGCUGAUUGGUUGUUUAUCGGCAGAUGAGGGAUUCAGAAGGCAACUUGUAAUGUUGAUGAUAGCAGAUCGUCUUAGUUCAUCAUGUAAUCAUAGUGGCAAUGCAUAUGCAAGUGUUUAUCGAAGGGCUUCAUCUAUCGAUUGUCAUCUCUCCUGGGUCAGUUAUUCAAUCUUUCUAAGAGGGUGCGAACAGUUGACUGUUUCUUCUGAAAAGCUUCCAAUCCAGAGGUUACAGAUCGAUUUACAUAAAUUAGAGGAAAAAUCCAUACAGGUAGCCCAUUCAGCAGGUAAUUGCUGGGAUUGAAACUGUAGUCAUUAUCACCAACUCACCAUUGGAGAUGAUGCACUGAUACACCUGGAAGUCAUUAUCUAGUAUAGCACCGUCCUCUGAACU